CAGAUACAUCAGUGGCUGAAUCAAUAUCUCAGAUAGUCCAGAUCAUAUGUGGAAAUGAAACGGGGGCUUCCGUCACAAAAUUAUAUGGAUACAACGAAAAACAUAAGUCAACAAAUGAGAACUAGAGGAUAUGGAGUAGCAGUUACCGGCACUGGACUAGAUACUAACUAUGCACUUGCCCAAUGCUAUAGUAAUCUUUCUUUAGUCGACUGCGUCUUAUGCUUCUCUGCAGCGGAAACUCUCCUGCCCCAAUGCUACCCUUAUAACGGACGAAGAAUUUAUCUUGAUGGAUGCUUUUUUCGAGUGGACAAUUACAUGUUCUAUGACCAGUAUUUAGGUCCAGAAGACAGGCAUGUAUGCGGAAACAGGACGACAAAGGGUACAUUGUUCCAACAGAAUGCUAGGCGAGCCGUGCAGCAAGCAGUUGCAAAUGCACCGAGUAAUGAUGGUUAUGCACGUGCCGAAGUGUCAGUACCCAGUCCUUCCAACGAGACAGCUUAUGUUCUCGCUGAUUGUUGGAAGACACUAAGCGCGAAUUCCUGUGCAGCGUGUUUGCAAAAUGCAUCUGCAUCUAUGUUGGGAUGCUUACCUUGGUCAGAAGGUAGAGCCCUUUACACUGGAUGCUUCAUGAGGUAUUCUGAUACAAAUUUUCUCAAUGAUACUUCUACCAGUGGAGGCUCGUCAUCAAGGGGAAAAGUUGUAGUCAUUGUCAUAGUUGUUGUAAUUAGUUCCGUUGUCGUUUUGGGAGCAGCUGCUUUCGUUGGUUUUGGUGUUUGGGAGAACAAACAAAUCCAGAAGAAGAGAAAAGGUGCAAAUGAUGUUGAGAAAUUGGUGAAGAUCCUUCAUCAAAACAGCUUAAACUUCAAGUAUUCGACACUUGACUAUCCUUGA